CCGCGCACCACAUAUUUACCGGCGAAACAAGCAUCCAACAUGGUGUCCGACUUCAAAAAGAAGAAGUUCCUCCACGUGUUCAAAUCCUUCUUUGACACCGACGGCAGCGGCAACAUCGAGAAGGAUGACUUCCUGAUGGCCAUUGAAAGGAUAACCAAGACCAGAGGCUGGAAAGCAGGAGACGAGAAAUACAAAUUUGUUGAGGAGACUCUAUUGAAGAUCUGGGAUGGCAUCCAGAAGGUCGCUGAUGAGAACAAGGACGGACAGGUUAGCCAGGACGAGUGGAUCGCAAUGUGGGAAAAGUAUUCCAAGAACCCAUCUGAGGCGUUUGAGUGGCAGACCCUGUACUGCAAGUUCGCGUUCACUAUUGAAGACGCCAGCAACGACGGGUCCAUCGACAGCGAGGAGUUCUCCUCUGUGUACGCUUCCUUCGGCCUGGACAAAGAUGAGGCUGUGGCUGCCUUCAAGAAGAUGGCUAACGGUAAGUCUGAGGUCUCCUGGGCUGAGUUCCAGGACCUGUGGAAGGAGUACUUCUCAUCGGAAGAUGUGAACGCACCUGGCAACUACAUCUUCGGCAAAACUAGUUUCUAAGUAUUUAUUCGUUAAUUUAUGGUUUGUGACAAGUAUCGCCUGUAUUUGGACUGUUUUGAUAUCAUGUGAUCCAAUAACUUCGAGUGCAUUUAUUUAUGUAAGUAGCGAAUAAACUAAAUUAUAACAUAAA